GGCCCCCCUCCUUGAGAACAGCGCAGGUUGGUGUGUGUUUUGUGAAGCUUCCACUUGCCGAAUACCAGCACCCUGCCCGCCCCAAAAGGGGAGUGCCCAGCGUUCAAGGUUCAGGAAGAUAACGAGAGGUGAGUCGCUGACGCAUAGCUUGUGUUGUGUUACCAAAGGCUCAUAUCAGAUUACAGCAGACCGCGGCUCGGGUGAAGCCACAGACGCGUUCGGACCGCCGUCCUUUUUUCUCGCACAAACCAGGAACCAGUUUUGAAGAAGCCAACAAAGGGCUACGUGUUGGGUUUUUUUUCCCCCCAGACGACCGUUACCAUGGGUAUUAAGGCGCAGCGCUCCCUGCUGCUUCUGCUGUGUUUGUCGGGGCUCGUUCGCUGCUCGGCCGCCUUCCUGUUUUGGACGGCCUUGGUGGAGCUGAUCUACGCCAACGACAGCAACGGCAUCGUGCACAAGUACUGCGAGUGCGGCGUGUACGGUAGCAACUCCCUCCUGGGGAAAGCCGAGGGCGUCGUCGCCCUCCCCAGGGGAGACCCCUUGGGCUGCGGCUCGGGUCCCGUCUACAACCGCAACUCCAGCCAGCCGCCUUGGAUAGCCCUGGUUAAGAGGGGCAACUGCUCCUUCAGCGAGAAGUUCAACGCCGCCAGGCGCCAGGGAGCGGACGCGGUGGUCGUGUACAACAUGGACGGCAGCGGCAACAGCACCACUCGCAUGAGGCACGAGGACGUCGGCGACAUCGUGGCCAUCAUGAUCGGCAACUCGCAGGGCAUGGAGAUUGUGCGUUUGGUGAGCAACGGGACAGAGGUGACGAUGGUGAUUGAGUUAGGCAACCCCCACGGACGCUGGAUGGACACGUACUGGCUGUACAUUCUCUCCAUCCUGUUCUUCAUUGUGACGGCCGCCUCCAUCGCCUACUUUGUGUUCAUCUCCGCCAACCGCCUCUACGGCCUGAACGCGCACAGGCGCGCCGAGAGGAGGCUGAAGUCGGAGGCCAAGAGGGCGAUCGGCCGCCUGCAGGUGCGCAAACUCAUGGCGUCGGACGAGGAAACGGCCUCCGACUCUCACGUGUGCGCCGUGUGCAUCGAGUCCUACAGGGCGGGGGAGGCGGUGACGGUGCUGACGUGCGGCCACAUCUUCCACAAAGCCUGCAUCGAGCCCUGGCUGCUGGAAAGGAGGACCUGCCCCAUGUGUAAGUGCGACAUCCUGAAGGCCCUCGGGGUUGAGGAGGAGACGAAAGGGAGCCUUUCGGCCGAGUCACCACCGGAGGUCACUGUGAUCACGGUGACAGGAGGAGAACCCAUGUACGAAGUCCCACUGGCAGACCGGCCAGGCUCCGACCCGGACAGCCAUCAGCGUCACUAUGACAACGGGGCCUUCGAGGAGGACUCGUCGGCCGGGAUACGUUGAAACCAGCAGAGUGGAAUCAAACUGUCAUGUUCCAGCGGGAGAUUUGGGAUGAAAUAAAUUAUCCAGAAAAAAAGAAAGAAACGAUUUUUAAUGGACCUAAUUAGCUUGGAUGUCUGUCCUCUGUCUUGGUGCAAGUGUGUACAUAUGGGGUGUGUUCAUAAAAAACAAACAGAGAAUUUCGUGGGGUAAUGCCAGUGUCACAUUUCCGCUUUGCAUGGUGGACACACCAGCUGAGCACUGGUCAGGGAGGAAAUGCAGUAGAGCAUUUUGAAUAGGGUUUUUUUUUUUACCCCGGGCCAAAUUUCCAUCGACAAUGAGACGUGUUGCAUUGCACAUUGCCUCACAAAUGCACAUUGUUUUUUUUUCUUUUUCUUUGCUUUCAGAGUAGAAUUGAUUUCUUUUAAUUUAAUAAAUUGGAAUAAUUGGAAUUUCUUAAGGUUGGAUAAGUAAACACAGCUCUUCCUUAUGAACACACCCUGUGCAGGGAAUGCAGUUUGACACUCAAUGAGUGACGACGAGCGAAUAGCAUCACCUGAUGGGCCGGGAAAUUAAAUAAGAUCAUUUGUUCACCAAUAGAUACAUUUGGGAAUUUGGCAAUGCAAUAAAUGUCACGAAAACUGUCGAUGAUAUGCCUCCCAAAUAUUUUAUCUUGACUGUUGAAUGGGGGGGGGGAUAAACCUUUGUGUGUAAUGGAUUUUGAGAUGACAUUAUAUUGAGAUCUAUUCAUCUAUCACGUCAGGUUCUGACUCCCUUCUAGAAACAGAUGUACAAGCACAAACAGCUGCUCUUGAAUUGGUCUUCCAGGACUUUUCCUUUGAAUUAUUUGGAAUGGUGUUGGUUUCAUUUUUGUGGUCUACCUCUUAACUCUCACGAGGGUUAUGGAACAUAUUAAGACUCUCAGAUGUAGUGUGUCCCCCAGUCAAUUUUACACCUCAAGAAUUGUUUAAUGUCUUUUUUUUGUUUCUGGUGGGAAUUUGCUGAUUGUGGCAACUAAUAUAUUUUUCUAUAUUGGAUCAUGGUAUAUGCUGUUUUACAGAUCCCAGAAGUCCUAAAUUGUUCUGUAAAAAUCAACAUCACCUGCUGUAUUAAAUCACAUUGAUGCUUAUUAGAGUGCAAUAAAUCCCUCAAAAUGAGGCCUAAGCUACAA